UUUAAUGCUAGCUAAGAUGGUGGUUUGAGAGCGUAAACUGUCUACAAUACCAAGACAAGAAAGGGGCGAAACAUCCAUAUAGCCUUUUUAAUUAUCGAAAAACAGUACACCUACAGUUACCUUAAGUAUCUAUUUAUAGAAAUUUUGACAUUUCAGAUACAUUGGCUUGCAGUCCCCGCCCAAUUUGGUGUGACUCCCUUGGACUGGAAUCCUUAGCUAAAAACGGACAGGCUUUGUGCUCUGUGACCAGCUUCAACACCUACCCUUGCCGUGCCAUAGGAUGUCCCACAGCCCUGAGAUGAAGGACGACCCCAUGGAGUGCCCCCUGUGCAUGGAGCCGCUGGAGAUUGAUGACGUCAACUUCUUCCCCUGCACCUGCGGCUACCAGAUAUGCCGCUUCUGCUGGCAUCGCAUCCGCACAGACGAAAAUGGCCUCUGCCCCGCCUGCAGAAAGCCGUACCCAGAGGACCCUGCUGUGUACAAGCCCCUGUCACAGGAGGAGAUCCAAAGGAUAAAGAAUGAGAAGAAGCAGAAGCAGAAUGAGAAGAAGCAGAAAGUGACGGAAAACCGUAAGCAUUUGGCUAGUGUCCGAGUGGUCCAGCGAAACCUGGUGUUUGUGGUGGGACUGUCACAACGGCUCGCCGACCCCGAGGUCCUAAAAAGGCCAGAGUACUUUGGGAAGUUUGGGAAAAUUCAUAAAGUGGUCAUCAACAACAGCACAUCUUAUGCAGGUUCACAGGGGCCUAGUGCCAGCGCUUACGUCACUUACAUCCGCUCUGAAGAUGCUCUUAGAGCAAUACAGUGUGUGAACAAUGUGGUUGUUGAUGGUAGAACACUCAAGGCUUCUUUAGGCACAACAAAAUACUGCAGUUACUUCCUCAAAAGUAUGCAGUGUCCCAAGCCAGAUUGUAUGUAUCUACAUGAGCUGGGAGACGAAGCAGCUAGCUUUACUAAAGAGGAGAUGCAGGCGGGAAAACACCAGGAGUAUGAGCAGAAACUUCUCCAAGACCUCUAUAAAAUGAACCCCAGCUUUCUACAACCUCCAGCAUGUGGAAUAGAGAAGUCAAAGAGUAAAUCCAACUCUGCACAGAGAACCAACAAUGGCAAUGGUAAAGACGGGUGGCCAACGCUGUCAGGGCAUAACAAACUGGCCAAUGGGCUCUCAGAGGACCGCAAGUCCCCUCCGCUGCUAGACUGCUAUCUAGACCAAGAAGUUAUUACUUCAGAUGGGCUGGAUACAGAGCUGGGUCCAGGCCAGAGCACUGCCCUGUCGCCCUUCUCAUCUAACUGUGACAGUAACAGUCCCAGUGACAAACCCUCAGAAUCAAUGAGUAUGGUGAAUGGAGAGACUUUACAGCAGAUACCCAACAGUGACUCCCCCUCCCCUCCCCCGGGCUUAACCAAGCCUAGCCUGGUGGUGCCCAUCAGCGUGUCAGACCUCACAGCCCGCUCACCCUUUGAGGGCGCGGCGGCAGAGUCCCAGUCGCUCUUUUCAGACAACAGUAACUUCAGACAUCCUAACCCUCUCCCCGCCGGUUUGCCGCCCUUCCCCAGCUCCCCCCGCAGCGGCACCGACUGGCCCAUGACCCCCGAACCACAGAGCCUCUUCACAUCAGACACAAUACCAGUGUCUUCUUCAACAGACUGGCAGGCCGCCUUUGGCUUUGGCUCAUCCACUAAACAGCAGGAUGAUGACCUGGGCUUUGACCCUUUCGACGUCACCCGCAAAGCCUUGGCCGAUCUGAUAGAGAAGGAGCUAUCGGUGCAGGAUCAGAGCCCUUUGUCCCCCGGGCCCCUGCCUCAUGGGAACCACCAUGGCCCAAGCCUGCUGCCCCCCAACCCCGGCGCCUCCCACCAUUUCCCCAGCGGCCCACCGCGCCUUUCCCAGCUCCACCACAGAGCCAUCUACAGCUCCUACAGUUUCCCCGGCAGUCAAAACAGUCAGGCCAGUCAGCAACAGCCAGCCGCCAGACACCCCUGGAUGGGCGUCCCCACACGCAAUAACCUCACACACUUGAACCACUCAGCCAGUGCUGCCUCACACAGUAAUUUCCUGGACCUGAAUCUGCCCCCUCAGCACAACACAGGACUGGGCGGGAUCCCCAUCUCAGAAAACAGUGGCUCUAUAGACGGCUUAAAUGUGAAAGAAUGGCAGGAUGGCCUGAGAGCUCUCCUGCCCAACAUUAAUAUCAACUUUGGGGGCCUCCCAAACUCCUCUUCCUCCUCAUCAUCCUCCUCCUCCAACAGUGUUAACCACAUUGGCGGGCCAGCGGGCAUCUCUCACAGCCUUAGCUGGGAUGGGACGGCCAGUUGGAUGGACCCUGCUAUUAUCACAGGCAUCCCCGCCUCAGCAGGCAGCAGUUUAGAUUGUCUCCAGGACGACAACCCACCACACUGGCUCAAGUCCCUGCAGGCACUUACAGAAAUGGACGGCCCAGCCAGCUCAGCAGUGCCCACUCCCCAGCCCCUCCACAGUGGCCUCCUCGAUGCCCACCUCCCCCUUCACCACAGAGCCGCCGGCGGCUGGGCUCCCUACCUGCCCCCUCCCACAGCCAACCCCGCCAGCCAGUUCCACUCCCCUCCCCCAGGCUUCCAGACAGCCUUCAGACCCCCGGGCCAGCCCGCCACAGAGCUGCUACAGAGUGCCGCUGUGGACCGCCACUGAACACAGACUACAGCAGACACCCAUCCAUUCCCACUACCACCUUAUACCCACUCAUCCUGUACCCACCUCCCCCCCCCAACGCAAUACACACCAAUCUGCAGAAUAUGAAAAUUAUUAACAAAAUAACAAACAUGCUUUCUUCUUUUUUCUCUUCCUCCUUCCUUUUUGUCUACUCCGAAGGCCUAUUUGUUUUUUGUUUUUUGUUUGUGGCACAUAAGUUAUCAGUACCCUACGUCUGCUACCAUCACCACUCCUUAGACCUAGUUCUGGGCGUAAGGUUGAAAUGUUGGGGAUGAUAUAGCUUACUGUUAAGAGCACAACAACAGUAUAGCAGGAGUGCCCAGUGGUGACACGAGUUAACUCCACAAACUGCGAAGAAACAAAUUAGCUUAAGUGAGGUCUUUUAAAUAACUAAUGAUUAAGCAUGAACAAAAUGUAUGUUUGAAAGUUGAAGUCACGAUUACUUUUGAGGAAUGAAGCAAGCUGUGAAUCUGCUCUUGAAGCUUUGCCCCAAAGACCCUCAUCCUCCCCACUAUAACAGGAGACUGUGAAACGGUUAACCCUCGCAGCUAAGCCCUGAUGGUUGUGAAAAAAAGGCGAGGUGAGAGAGAGAAAAAGUUGGCACUUUGCUUUUCGGGAAAGGUUUUUUUAAAAACAAAAAAAAGAGAGAGAGGGAAAAAAAGCUGAGAAUUGGUAAAAGAGUGAAUGCAGAUGACAGGGGAGUUGAGGGCACAGGCUAUGCAUGGGCUUCCUGUUAGGCAGGGACACAAAUGGCCUGCCUGAGAGGCCACUUUGCCCACAUUCCCUUAAGCAGAGGCCUCUUGGUGGCCUGUUCUGCUUGAGGGAAAAUUUUGCUGAACCUCUGUAUCAGAGGGUAGAGCACUGCCUAACUGAGGGGAGCCAGGGCUUUAGGAAAUCGUGGCACACAUCCUGAGCACUAGGGUUAGAGUGAUACUCACAGUGCCACUGUGUGGCACCUACAGUAGCUAGCCCUAACAUGGACAGCCACCAGUAGAUAGAAAAUGACUAGAUGGGCGAGGAUGUGGCGAAUAUACUCGAGACAAUACUAAUGAGGGUAGCAAUAGGGUUAACAAGCUUCCCUUUGUUGAACCCGCGAGGGCUUAAACGAGGCCUUAAAAUGAACAGAGAGAAAGGAGCUUGAGUGAUUGGAAGGGAAAUCUAGCACCAUGGUUGCUGAAAAAUAUGCACCUAUUGAGAAAAACUGAAAUAAUGUAUGUGACUUCGGCAACUGUAUGUGAGUGUGCGUCACAAAGGAAGGUGCUGCAAGGCAACACAAAGUACUGUAGUAGUGAUUUAAAGAGCUUUCAGCCUUUGGGAAUUGAGAACGACCUCUCCAACCACAGCCUUUUCAUUUUGAAGUCUUAAUUCUGAUCCGUGUUCUCUCUGUCUCUCUCUUUCUCUCUCUUACCCCCCGCUGUCCCCUAUUAAACAGUAUUCACAAGAUGAAUGAACUCAACCAGGAGGAACCAACACAAAAGACAUAACAAUGGGUUUUAACGUGAUGUUGAGAAAAACAUUUGAGGCGUUUAAAGGAACUGAACUGUCCUCUGCAGGUCUGGAAAAAUGAACCUUAAAUAAAACUGAAAACUCA